AUGGCGUCCAAAACCCUAUUCGCCACUGGCACUGUCCUUUUGCUUCACGCCGCUUACAGCUGUCUGCACUACCGCUCGCUGUUACAAGAACUCGAAGACGCCGUAUUGGAAGACGCAGACAGCACACACCGGUUACCCCCAGUAGAUGUCUGGAUUGAAGCCAUCUCGGGCUUUCUCAUCUUGUUGGUCAGCGAACUAAUGAGGGCGGGAAGUGGCUUGCAUCCUAUUUCGAAAACGGGCGGCACGCGGCUCAUGGCACCAUCCUAUCAAACAAGAGAUUUUGAUAUAUAUUCCACCCGUAGCAAAGCCUUAUAA